GGGGCCAGCGGGUGCCACCAUGGAGGGGAGCGCGGUGCCGCGGCUGGCCGAGGCCGAGCGGGAGAGCCUGCUGGGCGCCGUGCACGGCGUCUCGGGGCCCGUGGUGACGGCCACCCGCAUGGCGGGGGCGGCCAUGUACGAGCUGGUGCGCGUGGGGCACGCGGAGCUGGUGGGGGAGAUCAUCCGGCUGGAGGGGGACAUGGCCACCCUGCAGGUCUACGAGGAGACCUCGCGGGCGCAGCCGGGGGUGCGGGUGGGGGACCCGGUGCUGCGCACGGGGCAGCCGCUCUCGGUGGAGCUGGGCCCCGGCAUCCUGGGCUCCAUCUUCGAUGGGAUCCAGCGCCCGCUGAAGGACAUCGCCCAGCUCACCCGCAACAUCACAUCCCCGCGCGGCGUCAACGUCCCCGCGCUGCCGCGCCACCUCACCUGGGACUUCGUCCCCAGCAAAACGUGCCAGGUCGGGAGCCACGUCACCGGCGGUGACAUCUACGGCACGGUCACCGAGAACUCGCUCAUCCAGCACCAGAUCAUGGUGCCCCCCCGCAGCCGCGGCACCGUCACCCACAUCGCGCCCCCGGGCCACUACAGCGUCUCCGACGUGGUGCUGGAGCUGGACUUCGAGGGCAGCACGGAGAAGCUGACCAUGAUGCAGGUCUGGCCCGUCAGGCAGACCCGGCCCGUGGCUGAGAAGCUGACGGCGAACCACCCGCUGCUGACCGGGCAGCGCGUGCUGGACGCCCUCUUCCCGUGCGUGCAGGGUGGCACCACGGCCAUCCCGGGUGCCUUCGGCUGCGGCAAGACGGUCAUCUCGCAGUCCCUGUCCAAGUACUCCAACAGCGACAUCAUCGUCUAUGUGGGCUGGCUCCCCAAAUCCCUGUUUCCCUGUACUUCUGGCAUCCCCAUUGUCCCUAAAUCCACCUGUCCCCAAAUCUCCAUGUCCCUGUACUUCUGGCAUCCCCAUUGUCCCUAA